CAUGAGUUUCUCUGAGAAGCCCACGAAGCACCGCUGUCAGCUCCAGACAUGGUAUAAAUCACAGAGACAUCCCAACGGGUAUAAAUUCUUGGGCUGACCAAGCUGCAGCAACGGGGAAGCUUCUCAGUCUGGCGAGAGCGGCGACUUGGAGCCCAGGCAGCAGAACAGCCUUCCCCGUUCCUCUGAUACGUCCUCUCCUCCUCAUCACAUGUCCUGCUUUGGUCCAGCCCUGGACUGUUCAAAAUGAAGUGACGCCUCUCAUUCAUGGGGCUCUCCUCCCAACAGCGCUCACCCGCAGCUAAAGCAUCAGCUGAACCAUGACUGAAGAGCCUCUGCGGAAGGACAGUGAGAUCAGACGCCCCAACUCCAGCAUGGGCUGCGGACACAAGGAUGACAAAGCCAGCCUGGCUUCGAGCCACACAGCAUCUUUCAGCCACCAGCCUCACCAGCCCCACUCCACUCCUGUCUCCAAGGAAGUGUGGAAAAAGGGCGGCCGCAUGUUCUCCAUCCUGCUGGCUGUGCACUUGGCCCUGCUGGCCUGCACGCUGGUGAGCAGCGGGGCUUUUGAGAAGAUCGCCGUGCACGAUUACGACGUCUUCUUCCUGCUGACUGUCAUGAUGCUGAUAGUCAUCAUAUGGAUCAUCUUCUACCUCGUUGGCACCUCCCGGUGCUCAGAUGCCAUCCUCUGCAAAGACUCCCACGCUGGGCCCAUCUGGCUGAGAGGAGGCCUGAUCCUGUUCGCCAUUUUCAGCCUUGUCAUGGAUGUGUUCAAGAUAGGAUAUUACUCGAGCUUCUACAGCUGCCUGUCUGCCAUCAAAAUCAUCUACCCCAUUGUGCAAGCCAUAUUCGUGGCCGUCCAGACGUACUUCCUGUGGAUCUCUGCCAAAGACUGUGUCCACGUCCACCUGAACGUUACCAGGUGUGGCUUGAUGCUAACGCUGACUACAAACUUAGCGGUGUGGAUGUCAGCGGUGACGGACGAGUCCGUUCACAAAGCCCAUUCCAAGCUGAAGAAGAAUGUGACAGAGGAAAUCUUCAGGUGGCUCCUGAAAGCGGGAAUGAGAAGUAGCUCAGCCGAAGAAUGCAACUGCAACAGCCAAAUCUGCCAGAUCUUUAAGAACGGCUACUUCUGGCUGUACCCCUUCAACAUCGAGUACAGCCUCUUCGCCUCUGCCAUGGUCUACGUCAUGUGGAAGAACGUCGGACGCUUCAUAGAUCACCAGUCCCACCACGUUCACCGCUUGAAGUUCAGGCUUUUCCGAAGGACCUUCUUCGUAGGCAUCGUGUUGGGCCUCAUCAUUCUGGUGAGUGGUUUGGGAGUCCUUAUUCUUUAUGAGGUGCAGGUAAAUUCCAGCACUGAAUCUAGCAAGAAGAGCCAAGCACUCAGCAUGUACUACAUCUUCAACAUUGUUUGUCUGGGCCUGAUGUCUCUUGUCUGCAUUGGUGGCUCUGUCAUCUACCGGUUUGACAAGAGAGACAUGGAUCGGCACAAGAACCCAACCAGGACCCUGGACGUGGCCCUGCUGAUGGGUGCAGCCUUGGGGCAAUAUGCCAUUUCUUACUACUCCAUUGUGGCCAUCGUAGCCAGCACACCAAGGGAUGCUAUCAGCGCGCUCAACCUCACCUACGCCCUCCUCAUGAUUGCUCAGCACACCUUCCAGAACAUCUUCAUUAUCGAAGGUCUUCAUAGGCAACCCCCCAAGGAAGACCACAAGCACGAUUCUCACCAGAAGGAUCUCUACGGACUCACUUUUGUCAACAUCAACGCAGUAUCCCUCCGUGUGCCCGACAGUGGCAGCACCCUGGCCCCUGGCACUGCCUCUGGUGCUGAACCCAUCCAUCCUUCCGAGCUCGUGCGGUCCCUCACCACCCCCAAGAAGAUGAACUGGAGGAGGAAGUUCUUAAGGGAGAUCUCCAUGUUCCUCCUGCUGAGCAAUAUCAUAGUGAGUACACGUGAAGAGAAGAGUUUGGCAGGGUGGGGGAGAGGGAAGCAAACACGAGGGAGAAGUGUCUGUGAAGGAAAGGAUGGGGAGGAGGAAGUUCUUAAGGGAGAUCUCCAUGUUCCUCCUGCUGAGCAAUAUCAUACUCUGGAUCAUGCCAGCGUUUGGUGCCCGGCCACAGUUUGACAAUGACACAGAACUGAACUUCUAUGGCGAUUCCAUGUGGCCGGCCAUCGUGGACAUUUGCCUGCCCUUUGGGAUCUUCUACCGAAUGCAUGCAGUGGCUAGUUUGCUGGAGGUCUACAUCAUGUCCUAAAGAACUCGCCAGCAAGGAAGAUGGGAUCCUCCUCGACCGACCCUACCCCAGGGCUGGGAGACUUCCCAGGCGUCCCCAGGGGUCCCCAGCACUGCCUGAAUCACGUCCCCUUGCAGUGUCGGGGCGUUUAUGAACAGUUAGUGAAGAUCAUCCAAACAUAGCCCAGAUUUUAUUUUGCUACUUGCGUGUGGAUGUGCACGUGCAUGUCUGAACUUCUUAAAGCUUAAAAGAAAAAGAUAAACAAGGAAGGGAUCCAGAGCAGGAUCAUGGUAAUUACUCUCGGUUCGUGCAGAGACUCACCUUCUUUCUUAAAAGCCUGUUCGCUCCACACCACCGGUGUUCGCUCCGGUGGGUGCCUGGCGCCCUUGGACAGUCAGUCCCCGUCUGACGUACAGAGCCAGUGGGCACGUGGGGCUGACACGGGCACAGGGAUGGAAGGCGAAGAAAGGGAAACGACUUCGACUCCUGGUAUGGCCAGUCAGAAAUCACUCCCCUGCAGAGAUGUGAAAAACAAACCGGUGACCACCAGAGGCUUUGGGAAUCAUUUUAAUCUUCCCUCUCUGUAUUGCUCAUGUAUAUCAGCCCCUGCUGGUUUCCUUUCUCUCCAGGGAGGCACCGCUGCCGAGUGGGUUUGCCCACCGCAGCCCCCUCUCCCCAAGCCAUGCACGGGCUCUGGGCUGGCCCUGAUACAGGAUUGCUCUAAGCACACUUUUUUCCCUAGUUUUCCUGAAUUUGGG